UGAUGAGUCGAGCAUCUGCAUUCAAGGAUCAAGACCCUGCUACGAAAGGUACAUUUACUUAAUUCAUUAUAACCUUAUUCUUGCUCUAUCCUCCCAGAUUUGAAGAUUAACAACAAACGACAACAGAGGGCAAUCGUCAUUCCAACCAUGACUCCAAUAUUUCCCUUGAUAGUCCAGCUGUUGCUGAUGCUUCUUUCUCCAACAGUAUCUGUGACUGGCGAUGACAUAGAAAACCUGGAUGUCAAUGAAAGGAUUGCAAGGGCAAAUGCUAACACAACUACACCUUUGAUCCACGGUGACAUUGCGAUCAAUCUGCAAAGGAAUGCGGAUGCCUGCAUAGCCGCAGGAUGUAAAUGGCCUAAAACUGGGGGUUACGUUUACGUGCCUGUCAUUAUCUCCAGUGGAUUCAGCUCACAAGAGAGCUUAAUCAUCAUGAACAGCUUGAUCAGUUUCUACGAAAAAACCUGCAUUCGCUUCAUGUGGAAGCGCCACUGGCAUAGAGAUUUUUUGUUCUUCUUCCCCGGAUCUGGGUGUUGGUCGCACCUUGGACGUCUGCCGGGUGGACAGGCGAUCUCCUUGCAGAAAUUUAGCUGUAUGAACUUCGGCAUUGUGCAGCACGAGGUUCUUCAUGCUCUUGGGUUCCACCACGAGCAAGUUCGGUCUGACAGAGAUGAUCACGUCUUCAUAAAUUUUGAAAACAUCAAAAGAGGCAUGGAACACAACUUUGAGAAGGAGGAGACGAAUAACUUGGGUUCUCCCUAUGACUUUAACUCCAUCAUGCACUACAACAACUUUGCUUUCUCCAAAAAUAAACGACCAACCAUCAUCGCCAGAGGUAACCCUAGCCUGGUGUUUGGUCUUGCAAGAGAGAUGAGCAGCAAUGACAUUGCACGUGUCAAUGCGCUAUAUGGAUGUGAUUAAUAAAGAAUAGAGGGCAACGGGUUGGCUGUCAUAUUCGCCCAACUCUUACUAAAGCUGACAACAUUGGUUGUGUGAACAAAAUGAAGACAGAGAAAUACACGCCUGUGUUCGCUGGCAUCUACACUUUCUGAUUACCUUUGCUUUGCUUUUCGCUCUUAUCCUAUUUGAACAGUGGCGUACUGCUGUAUUUGCCAGGUUAAGAUACAUGUAUUGACUCAGAAACUAAAAAAAACAAAACAACGAUCAAGUCUACAAAUGUGUAUCUGUAACCAGUGUUGCACGUAUUAAGCGUUCACUGCCUUUGACAAGUGUACUUUAACACAGGGAUGGGUGGAGGUACGUCUGAUGCUACUCCACUGUAAAUUUUAGACAUAUACACAAUUUUACUCAUGCGCAAACACCAAUAGAUGACAUUUUAGAUACAGUAUGACAUCAGCAGAGUUUGUGAGUCCACUGGAAGAAAUGGUUGCAUUUUGUGCAACCUCCCUUUUUUUCUACUGCUGAUUACAAAAGAAUAGAAAAAAGUAGAAACUACUUUUUUUUAACCAAUUGAGAAAAGUCUAUUAUUUUAUUGAUUAGUUUGGUGUAUAAACAAUAAUCGACCAUGAUAUCCUGUGGGUCUUGAAAAUGUUAAAAAGCUCUGAAAUGUCUGGCAGAUGUCACUUCAAACUGGAACGUAUCAAACAGAGAGGUGUAAGUAAAAUAAAAUAACCGAAUUGAAAUGAAACAGUGGUAGCUCGCCAAAGCAACUAAAAAUGGCGUCUCUUCUCUUGACUGGCAAGUGGGCUUUUCAUUUGAAAUGUUUUUCUUUACUUUGGUGUAUGUCUCCAACAUCAUGACUUUUUAGUGAUGUUCAGUACAUGGUCAAUGGAGAUAAUUGCGAAACAAUAAAUAAAUCUGAUCAGA